AUGGCAUAUGGAGCACUUGCUGGUCUUCGUCCCAUAAAUGGCUUGUACACCUCGUUCUUCCCCGUCCUGGCCUAUUUCUUCUUUGCCACUUCUCGACACAAUUCAAUUGGCACGUUUUCCCUGGCUUCUCUCCUCUUCUCUGAGCCCAUAAAUCGUCUGACCCUUCAAUAUUAUAAUCCGCGUCAUCCCAGCAAUAGUACAGCUAUGUCAGAUGAGGAGUACGCCUUCCGACUGGAUUUGGCCUUGACACUUGCCUUUUGUGUCGGAGUAUUGCAGAUUAUCAUGGCAUUGCUUCAAGUUGGAUUCUUGGCUGCCUACCUUUCUGGUCCACUGAUAAGCGGUUUCAUGUGCGCUUCUGCAUUUCAUGUUGUGGCGAGUCAGUUUAAUUACCUCUUUGGAAUCAAACUGCCUCGUGUGUAUGGUCCAGGAAACUUACUUCUCAAAUUUUACAACUUGUGCACGCAUAUAACUGAAGCGAAUGUUGCCACGGUUGUCAUCUGCAUCAUCUGUAUUGUCGUGCUGCAUGUGUUCAGGAUGUACAUAAAUCCUUUCUUCCGAAGGAAAUUGAAGUUUCCGAUCCCAGUGGAGCUGAUGCUCGUAAGUGUACACUUGCAGCUGAUUGUAUUGCGUCACAAUUGUUAA